GAUGUUAACUUCGUUUGUCCUCUAUAUGCCUCGUUAUCUGUAAGUUGAGAUAUUUCCUAAUGCGUUAAGCUCAAGCCAUCCACAAAAACAAAUUAUUACUAUUAGAGAAGAUAAUUCGAAAGCAUCCCCUCAGUACUACUUCUUCUUCGGACAAAGAGUCUUACAAAGAGAGAAAGAGAGAGCUUCAACGUUUCGUAAAGAUGAAGAAAAUACUCAUCUGUACUCUGUUUCUGUUCUCUCCAGCACUUGUUUGCUUCUUCUAAGCUCAGUUGAGUCACUCACUCUCUGCUUCCAGGACUCCAUAAUCAAAUACCAAAAUAGCGUUGAAGCUCUUUGGAAGGCGUGUGUGACUGGUUCUUGAGAGAUGGGUUUUUGUUAAAUUCAUGAAAGAUUCAAAAUUCAAAUGGAGCCUCCAAAGGGAUUUCUUGCUUCUUUGUUGCAGUUCUUAGUGUUCCUUCCUUAUUUCACUGCAUUGCUGUUACUGGGUGUCAUCAAAGGUAUCGUUCUGUGCCCACUCGUAUGCCUCGUUGUGACUAUAGGCAACUCUGCUAUCAUACUAAGCCUUUUGCCCAUCCACAUCGUUUGGACGUUCUAUUCAAUAGUGAGUGCCAAACAAUUAGGACCGGUCUUGAAGCUCUUUAUAUGCUUAUGUCUUCCUGCCGCCAUCAUUCUGUGGCCAAUUCUUGGUGUCUUAGCAAGUGUUCUUGGAGGAGCUUUAUAUGGUUUUCUCUCCCCAAUAUUCGCCACCUUUGAUGCCGUUGGCGAGGGCAAGCCUUCCCCUUUUCUCCAUUGCUUUUGUGAUGGAACUUGGAGCACCGUCAAGCGCAGCUCCAUUGUUGUCCGUGACUUUAGAGACGUGUGCUUUCACUCCUACUUCUCACUCAUGGAUGAGAUUAGAAGAUGUUGCCCGGAUAAGAACUAUCAUGAGAUAAGGCUACUUCAACUUCCAGGGGCUUUGAUAACUUCAGCACUCGGGAUUCUUGUUGCUUUCCCUUUGAUCUCACUCGUAGCCUUGUGCAAAAGCCCUUACAUGCUCUUCAAAGGCUGGCACCGUCUGUUUCACGACCUCAUUGGACGGGAAGGUCCAUUCCUGGAGACAAUGUGUGUCCCCAUAGCAGGCCUUGCCAUCUUACUUUGGCCUUUGGCUGUCGCGGGAGCAGUUCUUGGUUCAGCGGUCUCUAGUAUCUUCCUCGGUGCUUAUGCAGGAGUUGUCUCAUAUCAAGAAUCAUCGUUUCACUACGGACUAUGCUUUGUGGUCGCCUCUGUGUCCAUCUACGACGAGUAUAGCACUGAUAUACUUGACAUGAAGGAAGGAUCUUGCUUCCCAAGGCCCAAGUAUCGAAAAAACGAAACAGCUUUUUCAGGUCCUAUACAAAGACUAAACUCUGUCAAGAACAUGUCUUCAACAAGAGUAGGGUCAGUGAGAGUCCCUAUGAUUGAUGUUAAGCCUCUUGACCUUUUGGAUGGUCUCUUUGUGGAGUGUAGGAAGUUUGGAGACGUUUUGGCGAGUAAAGGACUGAUAAACUCAAAAGAUAUCAAAGAGGCGAGGUCUAGUAAUGGCAGCCAAGUGAUCAGCGUUGGCUUACCAGCUUAUGCAUUUCUUUACGAGAUUCUACGCUCUGUCAAAGCCAAUACUUCCGGCUUGUUACUCAGUGAUGGUGUAACUGAACUAACUACCAGGAACAGACCGAAAGACGCCUUCUUUGAUUGGUUUCUGAAUCCGUUUCUGAUACUAAAGGAGCAGAUGAAAGCUACAAACUUAACUGAUGAAGAGGAAGAGUAUCUCGGAAGGUUGGUUUUGCUGUACGGAGACUCAGAGAGGCUAAAGAACUCGUAUGCUGCUGAUUCAUCUUCUCCUCUUCUCACCGAGCGUAAAAGAGCUGAGCUUGACGCCUUUGCUCGCAGGAUUCAAGGGCUAACUAAAACGGUGUCAAGGUAUCCAACAUACCGUAGACAUUUUGUGGAAUUAGUGAAGAAACUAUCGGAUGAUUUAGACCAGGAUCGUGCCGGUUCAGAAACUACAGCGCCUGUAGUGGUAAAGAUAUUUUCUCGGAUAUUCAGCCAGAGUCAGAGAUCGUUCAGAAGGAAAGAGAGUAUCAGUAGAUCCGAUCAUGGAUCACGUAAGGUAGAUAUGGUUUAAUCAAUAGGACGUGUGGUGCAUGGAUAUGUGGAACUUCAAAAUCGUUGCUCAAUACAAGUGUCGUUCCUUGUAAAGAUUUUUCCAAGUGAACUGUAUUGAUUUAUACAACAACAGUGUUACAAAACAGUGUAUGCCUUCGGUCAAGAAACUAUAGUGUUGGAAAGUUUAAAAUUUGUACAUGCUGAUUAUUUCUCUU